CUCUUGGCCAUUACGUUAUGCUUACUCCACACACACAGGCAGCUAGAGAGAGGGAAGACGUAAUGGUUUGAUUCCCUGUGCACUUGCAAUGGUCGUCGUUCUGACAUUACUCGGCAGAUUCCUCAAACGGGAGGUGCAAUGAAGGCGGGGGCAUCGUCCAUGUGGGCGUCAUGCUGUGGGCUGCUGAACGAGGUGAUGGGCACGGGCACGGUGCGGGCGCAGCAGCCGGGGUUCGGAGCAGGGGCGGGGCCCUUCCGCUUCGCCCCCAGCGCUGGGUACUCCACCUACCCCCCCACCAGCUCAGGGAGCGCCGGACAGCUAUGCAAGGCCUGUGGACUGGCCUUCUCUGUCUUCAGACGCAAGCACAUCUGCUGUGAUUGUAAGAAGAGUUUCUGCGCCCUGUGCUCGGUGCUUCAGGAGAACCUGCGCUGCUGCACAACCUGCCACCUGCUGCGUGGCACGGCCUUCCAGAGGCCUCGGCUCAUGCAGCUCCGAGUGAAAGACCUGCGCCAGUACCUGCUGCUGCGUAACAUCCCCACCGACACAUGCAGGGAGAAAGAGGACCUGGUGGACCUGGUGCUCUGUCAUCAGGGGACGAGGGAAACAGCCAGACCGGUGGUGGAAGAGGACGAGGAGGAGGACGAGGAGGAGGAGGAAGAAGACGAAGAGGACACACAUGAGGAGGAGGAUGAGGAGGAGGAAGAUGAAGGGGGAGAUGACACAGACAGUCUGCACUCGCUCCCCCACUCGCGUGCCGCCUCGCCCCCCUCCGCCACGCGCUCCACCUCUGAACAGUCGGUCCUCUCCGCCUCUCAGGGAGAAGUGCUCAGCCCAAGUGACAGCUCAGGGACCACCAGCCAGGAGCAGGAAGAUACUCCAACAGCAUCUCUCUUGAACCUGGAGCCCACUGAAAAUUUCAUGGAGGUCAGUCCGGCGACACAGAGGAGGAUCAGGGCCUCGCUGUCUGAUCUGGACAAUGAAGAGGCGAUAGAAAACCUCUCCGUGCGCCAGCUGAAAGAGAUUCUCGCCAGGAACUUUGUCAAUUACUCCGGCUGCUGCGAGAAGUGGGAACUGCUGGAGCGAGUGCAUCGACUCUACAGAGAAAAUGAGCAGAACAGGAAAUCCAUGGAAAAUGUGAGCAUAACUGCAGUGGUUGCAUAUCCUCCACCUCUCUGCAACAGUGGAGUUGGAGAUGGUGUCAGAGCUCAGCUGGCGGCUGAUGAAAACUUGUGUCGCAUCUGCAUGGACGCCAUCAUCGACUGUGUGCUGCUGGAAUGUGGUCACAUGGUAACCUGCACCAAAUGUGGGAAGAGAAUGAGCGAGUGCCCCAUCUGCAGGCAGUACGUAGUGCGGGCCGUGCACGUCUUCAAGUCUUAAAACUCUGUGUGUGCAUCAGAGCGGCCCUCAGGCGUGCACGUGGUCCGAGCCCUGAAUUUAUCACUGAGGAUGAACUGCUGUACAUGACGUCUCGCAGGGCCUAAUGCUGCAGCAGGCGCCAGCAACCUCCCGGUUCUUGAAACCAGACUGUUGCCUCUGGCAUACCACGGUUUGUUUCCCCCCCCUUACUAACUCAUGUUCCAGCCCCACUUCUCCUCCCUGGUGGACUGUCAACAGCUGCACUGGGACACUCACUCUUUCUCUCUUUGGUCUGUUAAACACACAGCAGAAACCCCUGCCAUCACUUUCUACUCUCUAUUCUCUGUUUAGAUUUUACUCACAGGAGAGGCACAGGGGGGAGAGGAAGUGGUCGCGUGGAUACUUGAAGCAGAUUGGGUUGUUCUGUGUGGCGAGGAGAAGCAGGGAAAAUAUAAGAUCCCAGGGUUAGAGUCAAUAUGGUUUACACAGUCAUGCCACAUGACGCCGUGUUAUCUCCCUCAGUGUUCCUUUAGGAUGUGCAAUAUCAGAAAAAAAGAGACUUACAUGUGUUUUUAUCAAAUGUCUAUUUGUUAAUCCGAACACCACACGCACCGGGUCAUCUCACACAUGGUGCCAAACGUCAUGCCUUUUAAACGAUAUUUGGUUAAGAUUUCACCGUAUAUGAAUCUCAUAACCAGCAAGCUUGGUGUGAUAGUUUACUCUUUUUUUUCUUUUAUGAAUUUUAGGAAAUAAAGUGUAUAGAAGUAAACAUUUGAACACUUGGCUGAGUGAAGGAUGUGAUUGUUUCCGCAUCUAAAAUUAAAGUGGCAAUCUCGAAGAUUUCAGUCCUGGUUGAUUUGGCACAUAUGUACUUAAUACUGCAGGUUGCAGAGUUUUUGGGGGCAGCAAGACAAAUUAUUAUUAUUUUGAUAAAGAAGUCAGGUAAUAACUGGGCUCUUUUCAUCAUUCUGUGAGCAACUGCGAUCUGAUCUGAGUCCUCCGACCCAUACGACCACAUUGUAUGUCUAAUAUGACCGACAGGAGUGUUUUCUAAAGUAGCACCUCUACCAGACAAUGGAAUAACUCGUAUAUGACCAUUAACAGUUGUAGUUUUAAACACAUGGUUAAGGUUGUGAAAUGGUCCCAGCUGCACCAAAACUCCUCGGUUGAUUUGGUAUAAGUUUCAUAGUAAGUUUGUUAAUAAUAUAAUGCCAUCUCAGAACCCUUCAACUAUCGGUCUGACGACGAGAAGCCCCUUGGGGCAAUGGCCAAUAUUUCGGAAGAUCCAGUGUAGCAAGCGCCUGUCAGGGCCAAGACGACUUCUUCUGUGCGCCGGCCAUUUUGUCUGAUCUCGAUACAGUUAUCUGCCUAUAAAUGCAAAUGAAUAAGUAAAAAAGCCUAUAUAGCUACGUCAUUGUCAGACGAUAAUCAAUGGUUUCCAACAUGGCUUUCAGCCGAUGCUUUCUGCCUCUCCACUUGGACUGUUUACCUGCUGCUCAAGCGUGAUUGUUCAAUGCUACUCAGACUACAAUGAGAAACCCGAACACAUCCGAUACUAAAAUCUUGUCUUGUUGCCCACAGAUUGUGCAUUCGUAUGUAGAUAUCUCUUUAUAGAUAUUCAGUGUAAUGUGAAAUAUCUCAAGUGACAGAUGUCACAUAUGUCAUGUGACAUACUUUGUUAACUUUUGGUCUCAUGUGGGACAUGAACACCGGUAUUCUAGAUGACAGUCCUGUGUUUGUUUGACCACACCUUCCUAACACACUCGGUGGACUCUGCUGCUAUUUAUUUUACGUCAUAUGUCUUCCUUUUUUGCCCCUGUUAUAAAUACUACUACCACAAGAAGUCACCGCCUAACAAUAAACUUAGAUAUGGGUCAUAAAUGCUGCUUGUGCAAACAACCUAUGUGGUCUUAUUUUGAAGAACACUCAAUACGUUGCACACAGCAUUAGUCUGUGGAUAGCAGGGCACAGUAAAAGGAGUUGUUUACCUUGCUAAGUUGGAGGUGUGCAGUCACCUGCAGCUCAUCAUCUAACAGCUCAGCUUCCUUAGCAGUCAGUAUUAAUCUCACUGAAAAACAUCUUGCAUUUCCUGUGACCCCUUCAUAAUAAAAGUCAACUUGUAUUUUGCCAGUUAAUGGUUUUUAAUGUGAAGCUGCAGCUGUAGGAAAUGUUCAGUUUGCAUUAGCAGUGACGUAAUACAGCAUUUAUUCUGCGAAUGUGUCCCUUAACACCCAGUUUGUGAUACUGCAAAUAUAUAAAUAUUGCAAUACUUUUAUCAGUGAGUCAUAGGCUCAGUCACCAUUGUGUUACCUCAUUCAGUGACUUAACAAAGCAUUUAUUUAAAAGAAAAUCUUCGAGAUUAUUACUUUAAAUGCACAGAUGUGAUUUCUGCCGAAGACACAAAUGUUAAAAAACGCUGCUUGGUCACACCACGUGCUGCACUACAUUCCUGUUACACUGAUUUAUUUAUUAAAAUCUGAACUCAAGGCCCCCUUGCUAGCUUUUUCCUGGGCUUUCAAAGUUCACGGGCUUCAUUAGGAAGACCACAAGAUAAGAAAAAGCUCAUAAGUGGACCUUGAGUGAAGAUUUUUUGUACUAUUUUUAUCUACAUUUUGAAGACUCACCCCUCUUUAAUUUUAGAGGAUAAGUUCGAUAUUUUUCAACCUAGAUUCUAUUUCCCAUGUUUUUGUAUCUAAAUGACAAAUGGAAACAACAGUUCUUUAAAUUGGUCCAGUAUUGAGUGGGAGAGCUGCAGCAAUCACUCAGGGCAUGUUUGCGGCAUAUGUCCACUAAAAGUGCUUGUUUUUUCUGCUGACGGGCUCAGAUUAUUAUUCAAAGUGUCUGACAGUAUUAUGGAAAGGACCCUACAGAGAUAGACGUUGUGUUAAAGAAUAAAAUCUUCUUUGUUUAACCAGAAACAGCCCCAAAAUCACCAUCGCCAAUUCCACCAGACUCCAUUCAAAUAAACAGUGAUUUUAGCGUGUUUGGAGCCAGCACAUUUUCCCAUCUGACUGAGUGAAUAAAGAGUUGGUGAUUGUUGGAACAGCAGAAAGAUGAACUAAGUUAAUUUUUGUGAGUUUUAUUGCUUUCUGUCGACUUUGUAUAAAGUGGGGUUUUACGAUGAUAAAAUUACUGUUUACUUAAAAUAGCUUUUUCGGGGCUGUUUCUGGCUCAGCAAAAAAGAUGUUACACUUAAUUAAAAAGGUCUGUCUCUGUGGAGAUACUUUCUUUAAGUUUUAAAUGCUUAAAAUAAUAAUCUGAGCCUGUUACUGGCAAACACAAGCACUUUAAGUGGAUUGACAGUGCACUAAUGCCCCGAAGGGUUACAUUGCAGCCUGUUUUUCUGCCUUUGUCUGCAGCACUUUUGCUCAGUACUGUAACAAUUUAAAAAACUGUUGUUUCCUUCAGUUACUUAAACACAAAAACAAGGGGAAAAAAAGGUCCAGGUUGAAAAAAAAUAACAAACAUACCCUUUUAAAAACUGCCACCAAGCAAUACCAUUCAGUUUCCAAGUCUACCAAGUGUCUUUCUUUGAUUGUGUUGUCCGUUAAUGUGUCGAAUCUUAGGUGACAGGUGCUACUUCCUCUUUUCUGAGUGUAACAUCAACAUACCUGUUGUCAUGUUGUCAAGGCGUCCUUCCAAAUAUCCAUCACACAGUGAGACGUAGAGGAAGCCCGGUUUACUUUAACCUGUUAUGCAAAGAAACACUUUUUUUUUCUUGUCAUGAGAUGCAGUUAAUUCAGAUGUCACUAAUCUGUGUGUACAGUAUGCCUGUGGUAUGUUAAAAAAAAAAAAAAGAAGAAGCUGACUUGCUGUUAUGUGAAUCGCAUAGCUUAUAUUGUUGUUUACUGAUAAGUCAUUAAAUGUAUAUUUUUCCAUUUACUUGGGAGACGACAUGAUUUAAAGUUAUAGCUAAUAAAAUAAAAUAUACUGUUUUUCAGAAUGUAUCUCUGCUGGUUUUGGUCAGAAGAGUUCCUCAGCCCUCUGAUCGUGUCACUCUCUCACCAUUAAAGUUGCGUCAGUCAUGUUCUCGCUUUCUAGCGCUCUUUGUCAUCGUCUGCUUCGGAUCCAAAACCGACACUGACACCAUGCACUGUAACCAACGCUGUAACUCUGUAAGUCUGUUUGUUGAUGCUGCUGUUUCUCAAAGAUGUCAUUCAUGGGCAGCUACAGUAUUAUCAGAGUAGGAGGUCAUCAUGAGCACUCAUAAUCCUGGAUCUUUAUAUUAUGGAAUGUUGAACCUUUUUAUUUUGGUAAACAAGAGAAGAUAAUUUAUUAGAUUCAAUAAAAUGCAGUACUACAAACCACA